UUGGCUGCUAUGAAUAGCUUCGAUUUAGAUUUAGAUUAUUCGUCAUGGAACACCUGCUUAAAGCUAAUAUUAGCCGGUUUCCUGGUUUAUUUAGGCUUUUUUGUAUUUUGCCAUCUUGUGUCACUACCUCUCUUUGCCACCUACAGAGAUCUCUGCACCCGGGAGAAGGUAUUUUGGGAUCUUGCAGCGACCCGAGCAGUAUUUGGAGUGCAGUGUAUCAUUGCGGGACUCACUGCGUUACUGUUUGAUCCUGUACUUACUGCUGACCAGAUCACAGCACAGAGAGGAUGGGCUUGGUUCACUAUUUUGACAGCAACUGGGUUCUUCUUGUUUGAGAACAUAGCCCUGCAUGUCUCCAAUCUAGUGUUUUGGACGUUUGAUGCUUUUUUGGCUGUCCACCACUUUUUCGCUUUUCUGGGCUAUUUUGGUGUGAUAUUUUGCACCACAGCCGGACAUUAUUUGGCCAUGGUCACUUUAUUGUUGGAAAUGAGCACUCCUUUUACCUGCGUAUCCUGGAUGCUGCUAAAGGCGGGCUGGUCGCAUACCUUGUUUUGGAAGGCGAAUCAGUGGCUUAUGAUUCACAUGUUCCACUGCCGUAUGGUACUUACUUAUCACCUCUGGUGGGUAUUGCUUUACAACUGGAAUCGCCUGGUAACAGCAUUACCACUGGCAUAUAUAGCAUUUUUCUUCACUGGCUUAGCUUUAGUGACUCUUGUUCUGAAUCCAUACUGGACUUACAAAAAGACCCACCAACUGUUGACUCCUGGUGACUGGAACUUUGAACCAGCAUCGUCAAAGGCAAUGGCGGUAGGCAAUGGGCGAGUUGCGUUAAAGAAGAAUAAGUAACCACAAAGCAAAGUUGUGUAAGAUAUUACAGAGGCCACAGUUUUAAUGUUGUACUGUGAUGGAACAUGAUGUUAACAUGGUCAGUAUUGGCUAUUCAGUAUGUAUGAUUGUUGCCAUACAG